UCAUCUGGCUUUGCCGUGGCCUUCUUUCGGGCUCGUUUCCGCCAAUAUCGGACAGCAAGGAAGGCGAUUGCUAUGAGACCCAGUGCUGUCAGCAGUAAAGGAACAGCCAGAGGCACUAUCACAGAGUUAAUCUAGCCUCUUCUCUCAAUGUACAGAUUCUUUAUAGGAGUUCACGACGCACCAUGGUGUCCUCCGCAUCCCUGGCCUCCGCAUGAGGGCGCUGAGCAACACCGUUCUCGCCCUCGUGUCCCUGGAUUGCGGGCAUGUCUUGGCGGCUGCGAAAGGAGACACUGGCAAGGAGCGAACAGAAGAUACCUGGACGAGUUGGAGGAACGGUAAAGAUAUAUCACACCCCGCGUUCAGUGGAGGUUACCAUCACUGAUUCUUGUUGUACGCCAACAGUCACAGACUAUAUCUGUUACCUUGCACACUGUCCUUGUUGUAUGAUGGAC